AUGAAGCCCUUCAUUGCUGUCCUCAGUCUCCUGGGCACGGCCUCGGCCGUCGACGUGGCCAUGUACCAAUCUAGCAACUGCAAAGGGGGUUUUUUGGUCUGCCGUGGCCUUUCCCCGCACGUCUGCUGCGCCUCGGGCAUUAUUUUUGCGUCCGCGAUUCCCAGCAAUGUUCCUCAAGGCUCGGUAGUGAGGGCUUACAAGGGGAUCUGCGCUGGGAUCAGUCCCGGCCCCGACCUGCGGCCGUCUAUUUGCAACGACGUCACCGGAUACAACUUCACCAGCGUCAUGGCCAUUACUGCCGGCAUCUCCAAGAAGCGUGCCGCGGGCCCUGCUGCCACGCCCGCCGAAUGCGUGCGGCCCGACACCCUGGUCCUUGGCGACGGCACGGCGUACGACCUGACGGGCUUGAGCGACGGAGAUUUUGAGAAUUUGACCGAGGCUGCUCUCGGCGCGGACAGGUCUGCAGAUGUCCCGUCGAAACUGGAGGCCCUUCAGAUCUGA